GCGCUCGCCUUAUGUCAGCGGCCGUCGACGAGCUGCUGUCUGAUGACAACGAAUCAGAUGAUUCCGACUAUGUUGAUAGUGGGGGAAGCUCAGAGUCUUCAUACGGCGAUGAAGCUGCAGUAGUAGAAAUUGACGAAGACGCGAGAAAAGAGAGAGACCAGAGACUUCAACAAGAAUAUGCCACAAUGAAAGAAGCUCGAAACGGCUUGUACGUUCCUCCCAGUGAACCCCACAGAGACUCCUUAUGGGAGAGCUUCAACAGACGACAGGCAACAUCAGAACGUCAAAAAGACAGGACCCGACGUGGGUUGGGGGAAAUGUUGAGUAAAAUUGCCUCCACAUCGCUGAAGGACUCGCCGGAAGAAAUAGACAUCGUUCGCUACAAAAAGGAAGCACGAGCGUCAUCGAAUGGCUUAGGAGCGCCAAUUGCUGUGGCUAAGGUGCUGGCGGAAGUGCGCAAAGCUGAUAAGGUCGAAAUUGACUCGCAUGUUAAAUACGCCGGCCGGACCGUAAAUGUGAGAAGAGUAGUGUCAAAGUCUAGUGUGGAAGGAGCUAAGCAUUUACGCAAAGCCCAGAGGGACCUCAAGACGGCUCUGGGGGGCUCUUUGGGCUCGUUGGACGCAUACCUAAGGGGCCUCAGGGCUGGACAGGUGACAUCAGUAGAGAAGUCAUCAGCCGAAUGGAGUCGUUUCAAAGCUUCCAGUGAGCUCGAUGGUCUCUUCGAGAAGGACCGACGAGACGGGUACCUUCAUAAAAGGGCCUUCCUUGAGGCCGCUGAUACCCGGGAAUAUGACAAGAGGAAAGAGGCGGAGAAGAAGGCGCGUCAAACAGCGCAGCCGAAAGUUUGAUCUUUUUAUCGG